AUGUCCAGUACAGAUCCCCGCGCAAACACAGAUGAAAAGACCAUUAUGGGCCCUCACGGAAUCAAUCGAGCUGUUCACCGCAUCUCCUUCUCUGACUGUCAGAAUGGAUUAGGAGUUAAAAUUAUUGGAGGUUAUCGAGCACAAACUGCAGAAGAUUAUGGGAUUUUCAUCAAGAGAAUUCUUCCUGGAGGGGUUGCUGCUAUAGAUAGCCGUUUGCUCACUGGGGACCUGAUUUUGGAUGUCAAUGGAGAGAACUUGAUUGGAGUCACAAAUGAAAGGGCUGUAGACAUCUUGAGAACAGCAUCAGCAUCUAAUCACAUGUCCCUGCUUGUUGCUAGAGAUGAAGAAGCAAAGAAAGAAUUUCAUGACCUGAUGGAUAAGUAUGGCUCUCACAGUGACACCAGCUCUGCAAGAACUUCUCCAACACAUCUGUUACCUGCAAAAUCUACAGAGAGCCUUUCUUCUGGGUCAUCCUCAAGGUCACAGAGUCCUCAGCUGCAUCCAAAGGAUAACAUCACUACCAUCAGCAGAAAUAAUUCUGUCCCAGCACCGUCCCCAAAGCUUGCAAAGGACAGUGCAUUUCAGAUUAUCUCUGUUUGCAAAGGGACAAGCCUAGGUUUGAAUAUUGUGGGAGGAAUUAACAGAAAUGAAGGGCCUCUGGUAUAUAUCCACGAAAUUGUCCCAGGAGGUGAUUGUCAUAAGGAUGGACGACUGAAGCCUGGGGAUCAGCUCGUGUCCAUCAACAAAGAGUCCAUGAUUGGUGUCUCCUAUGAAGAGGCCAAAAGUAUAAUCAACAGGACCAAGAUGAGGUUUGAAAGCUUUUGGGAGAUAGCUUUUAUUAGGCAGAAAAACAUUCCCAGUUAUCCAGAGAAUCUGCAACAUCCUUUCAGCCUCUUAACAUCUUCUGUAGCAUAUGGAGAGCAACAGGCUGCAGCACUUGGUUCUCUUGCACCUCCUAAUGGAAAACUUGUUUCACCCUUCACUCCAGAUGCUAUGGAAACUGGAGUCAAGAUGGGAGAGCAAUCUCCAAUAACUCCUGCAGACAGAAGUCCUGAUGUGUCUGCCACGUUUCUUACCCCCAGCCAGAGUGAUCAUGGUCAGCAUCAAGUAAGGAACUCAACUAUUCGUCUCAAAACAGAAAAGCUGGAGAAGGCAUUGAAUUAUCUUGGGAUUCAGCUCACAGAUGAACAGCAGCAAGCCCUAAGGCAGCAACUUCAGAAAGAUUCUAAAGGAACAGCGUCUUUUGGAGAUUUCGUUGAAGUCUCAAGGAAUCUGUUCUCUGUGCAAUCGAGUGCUACAGAUGAUGACCACAAACCUACAUCCCUGGGGGGCAAUGACACUGCCAGCUUGGUGGAUUCCCAGUUUACAACCUGUGAUUCUGUGGAGGAUGAUGUGGAGAGACUUAAGAAAGAGAGAAAUGAAGCUUUAAAAGAAAUGAGUAAAUUAAAGGAAAAAUUGUCUGAGUCUGCAAAUUUACAGCAACAGUUAACAGAGCAGCUACAAGUAGUCAAACAAGAAGCCAAAGCAGCUGUGGAGGAGACCAGAGCCCUGAGAAGCAGGAUUCACCUUGCAGAAGCAGCACAGAGACAGGCACGUGGCAUGGAGAUGGACUAUGAAGAAGUAAUUCGCCUAUUAGAAGCUGAAAUUGGAGAGCUGAAGGCUCAGCUCACGGAUCAGUCUGGCCAAAAUAAAGAUAACAUCCAAGACUUGAAAAAGAGAGUUACAGUGCUUGACUGUCAGCUGCGGAAAUCAGAGUCAGCUAGGAAGACCUUUGAGGUGGCUACUGAAAAAUUGCUACAAUUUGUAGAGGUUGUGCAUGAAAUACUUGCAGAUAACUCUACUUCCUCAACAGUUUUAAGUGACAGGAGAACAACAUUGUCCACUAAAACACUUCUUGCACGGCUGGGAAGGAUUGGACCUGCUGUCACAACAGCUCUUGCAGCAGAAGCCAGAGACCUUGCCAAGUCUGUCCGUGCCAUUUUGGAAGUAGAUUGUCUGCCUUAUGGAUGGGAAGAAGCUUACACAGCUGAUGGAAUCAAAUAUUUUAUCAACCAUGUGACACAGACAACAUCCUGGAUCCAUCCCGUCACAAGUGCACUAAGCUUGCUGUGCUCCGAGGACGACGACGACGGAAUGAGAGACCUUCCUGGGCCCAAGAGCUGA